CCGCCAUGAAGGUCAUUGUCGCUGUCGCUGCCCUUGCGGCCGUUGCCCACGCCAAGAUCGCGAGCUCGGUCCUCCGCGAACUCGAAACCACGGGCUCGUCCUCGGUCAUGGUGACCUUCAAGAAGGACGCAACCGAGUCGUUUGAGAACUACGAGUUGAUCUCCAACUUGGCCGAGCGCCGUGAGAAGUUCGUCGCCGCCGCCACGAUCGAGUCGACCAAGCGCGCGUCGGCGAUUGCUGCGACGAUUGGCGCCGGCGCCGAAGUCAAGAGCUACUGGAUCGCGCCGGUCGUCUCGAUCAAGAACGCCAACAAGGCCACGCUCGACAAGGUUGCUUCGCUCAACAACGUCGAGAAGGUCGAGUCGAUCCGCAACAUCAAGCUCACGUCGGUCAUCAAGGGCAAGGAGAACUCGCCUGCUGACAACGGCCGCCCGACGGGCAUCCAGUGGGGUGUCGACACGGUCGGUGCGCCCGCUAUCUGGAAGUACACCAAGGGCAAGGGCGUUGUCAUCGGUUCGAUCGACACGGGUGUGCGUCACACGCACGAAGCCAUCAAGUCCAAGUGGCGCUCGGACCGUGGUUGGUACGACCCGUACAACCAGACGGCGCUUCCUGAAGAUCUCGGUGGCCACGGUACCCACACGAUCGGUACGAUGGUCGGUGACUAUGGUAUCGGUGUUGCCCCCGAGGCGCAGUUCAUCUCGUGCCGCGGUCUCUACGAAGAGAGCGGCGACGACGAGUCGCUUUUGACGUGCGCGCAGUUUAUGGUGUGCCCGACCAAGCCGGACGGCUCGGACCCGGACUGCACCAAGGGCGCGGACCUCGUCAACAACUCGUGGGGCGGUGACACCGACACGAGCCCGUGGUUCGCUGACGUCAUUGACGCGUGGCACAUGGCUGGCAUCACGCCCAUCUUUGCCAACGGCAACGAAGGCCCCGCUUGCGCGACGGCCGGCAACCCGGCCAGCUACCGCAACGUCAUCGCGGUCGGCGCCGUUGGCUCGUACGACGACGAACCGAACGAGCUCGCAUUCUUCUCGUCCAAGGGCCCGGCCCAGUACCAGGAUGCCACUGGCAAGAAGCACACGAUCGUCAAGCCUGAUAUCUCGGCGCCCGGCUUCUUUACGUACUCGGCCGUCAACGUCGGCGAUGGUUUCUACGACUACUACGCCGGCACGUCGAUGGCGGCGCCCCAUGUCGCUGGUGUCGUUGCUUUGAUCAAGUCGGCGCAGCACGGUCUUACGUACAACCAGAUCUACCGGUACCUGACGACGACGACGGUCAAGGACGUCUUGACCGCCGAGCCUGCGAAGUGGGUCCUUCGCGACAAGAACCAUACGACGUACCCCGGCGCGCCCAACUGCGGCGGUGUCUCGGACAAGGCGUGGCCCAACAACCGUUAUGGCUACGGCCGCGUCAACGUCACCAACAUCCUCGCGGGUGGCAAGCUCCCCAACCCCAGCGCGUGCUAAAUCGCCAUGUCUCGUUUAAAGUGUGACAUACUCCAAUAUAAAUGUGUUUUCCCAACAACUUGUAUAACC